AUGGCGCGACCCCAUGAGCAGACGCUCUUGAAGCGGUCCGCCGUCUACUACAUGCGCUUCUGGCUCUACAUCACGGGCCUCCAGUCGCAAGCUGCCUUAUGGCGCAACUUGCUCCUCGACUGGCGCUUCCGCGGCUCGACCAAGGAAGGCCUCUACGUGCUAACACGCAAUCUGCUGCAUCUGCUGUGGCGCUCGGUGCGUCUUCUCAUGGUCCCGGACGUCUUUUUCCGGUACUUUGUCGCGACCUUCUCGCUGCAAAUGCUCUUUGAGCUCUGGCAGCUCGUCAAGCAGCAGCUCGUCAAGCUCUGGCUUCAAACGUCCGCCAAAGGCCGCCGCAGCCUCAAGUUGCGCACGGCGCUCGCAAAGGCCAAGACGCUCGCAGAGCGCCAGACGAUCGGGUCGGAGCUCGAUGUCAUCGAGGGCCACGACAAGUGGCGCAAGGACCCGUCUGCCGGGCUCUUCCACUACGAACGCGUCCAGAAGAAGAUUGCCAUGUACCGCCGCCUCAUCGCCGAGAAGGACGUGCUUGGCAUCAUGUUUUCGCUCCGCGCGGGCCUCUUGCGCAAGCACUGGGGCCUCGGGAACCCCGCGUUGUACGACGUGAGCUACAUCGGGACCAAGCACCUCGUCGACGAGUACUUGGACACGAUCCUCGAGUCGAUGGACCUCGUUUUGCGGGCCAAGGGCACCGAGUCGACGCUCGGGUCUGCCGAUGACGUGAGCAAGCAAGAGCUGAGCAUUGACAACAAGCUUGCGUUCUUCAGCGAGACGCGCCAUGCAUUUGGGCGAUCGGCGCUCAUGCUCAGCGGCGGCGGUGGCCUUGGCUUGUACCACUCGGGCAUCAUCAAGACGCUCGUCGACGAAGACAUUCUGCCGACCGUCAUCUCGGGCGCGUCCGCAGGCUCGAUCGUCGCGGGCUGUGUCGGCGUGCGCACGGACGACGAGCUUCGAGACCUGUUUACGACCGAAGCACUCAGCCUCCGCUUCUUUGGCACCAACGUCACGGCCAGCGACAUUGCGCAGUACACGCCGUCGUGGCUCGCGGCGCUCGAGGACGUGCUGCCCAACCAAGCCUUUCGCAAUGUGCAAGAAGCCUAUGUCGUCGCGGCGCGCUUUCUCGACAAGGGCUACAUCCUCGACAAUGCGAUCUUGAAGGAGUGCCUCCAAUCCAACAUGGGGGACUUUACCUUCCGGGAAGCGUACGACCGAACCGGGCGCAUUAUCAACAUUACAGUCACGCCGUCCCAGUCCACGGAUUACCCGCAGCUACUCAACUACCUCACGGCGCCCAACGUGCUCAUUUGGUCGGCAUCCCUCGCCUCCUGCGCGAUUCCGCUCGUGUUUGCACCCGUGGAGCUGCUCGGAAAAGACCAACAUGGCAACAUUGUGCCCGUGUACCGAGAAGGCCUCAAGUGGAGCGACGGCAGUGUCGAGUGCGACUUGCCCAUGGAGCGUCUCAGCGAGCUCUUCAACGUCAACCACUUUAUCGUGAGCCAAGUCAACAUUCACUACAAGUUCAUUUCGGGCUAUGCGUCGCUGGGUGGCGGCGACAUCCUCGGCUUUCUCAAGAAGCAGAUGAAGGCGUACAUCAAAAACAUUGCCGAGUUUGGCCUCAACACGUCCGUGCUCAAGUUUUUUGGCAUCGGUCUCGUCCCGCUACUGACGCAGACGUACGAAGGCGACGUGACGAUCCCGCUCGCGUCCCAAGUGUCGUUUCUUGAAAUGUGCAAGCGUGUGCUUGUAAACCCGUCCCGGCGCGAGUUUGACUCGCUCGUUCUCUCGGGCGAGCGCGCGACGUGGCCCCAUCUCUCGCGCAUCCAGACCAUGUGCCGCAUCGAGUAUGCCCUCGAGCGCGCCGUGCGCUACUUGCGUGGCGAGCAAGCGAUCGAAGACGAGAAACGCACGGGCGUGAGCAGCCUCGGCCGCGUCCCGUCCUUCUACACGUCGUCGAGCUCGAUGAACCUCACGGGUCUCUUGCCGCGCAAGCCCAGCGGCGGCCAGCUCAAGGACCCGAGCCCGAACGGCACCAAGUCGGUGAUUCGCCGCAACAAGUCGGUCAACGUCGCGGGCGCCGUCAUGACGAUGGAGUCGAGCUUUAGCUCGUUUGGGCGCGCGUCCAACAGCAGCCUUGCCGACGCCAGCACGUCGUAGAUCAUUUUGCUUUUACUACAAUCCAAACAAGACGACGAUCUCAGCUCC